GCAUAGAAUUUCCAAAAAGUUUAGAGAACUUGUGUACACUGCCAACUGAAAGGCAAUUUGACGAUCAGAAUACGAAUAGAUCAAAGACAUUUUACAAGCAGCCGCUAUGUCAUGCUUAGUAGUGCAGAGAUAAAUUUAAUUGAUAUUAUCAUUUGGUCGGAUUGGCCGUCAUCUCCGGAAGAUUGGAUUUGUAAGCAUGAAAUUCGAAGAUGUUUAUGAAAUCACUGACUUUAUUGGCAAAGGCGCAUUCGGUCAAGUCAGUAAAUGUGUGAAUCUACAAACACGCGAAGUAUUUGCAGUGAAAGAAAUCGAUUUUUCUGGAAGCGAAGAAGACAAAAAGAAAGCUCAAAAUGAAGCCAAGAUCUGUGGGCUCUUGGAUCACCCUAGCAUUGUGCACCUCGAGGACGUGUUCUCCACCCGAAGGCGCAUGCUCCUUGUUCUGGAGUACCUCCCAGGGGGGGACCUGUUCGACGGGGUUGUCACCCGGACGCAGUUCAGCGAGAAGGACGCCUGCGCAUGCGUGCGCCAAGUACUCAAGGCGCUGCGUUACCUCACCAGAAAGGGAAUAAUACACAGAGACUUGAAACCAGAAAACCUGCUGCUUUCAGAGCGGCCCUCGGACCACCGACCACCCAUUAUCAAAUUAACUGACUUUGGUAUUGCCAAGCAGCUUAAAGAUGGCGAGAAAACGGUGCGAUGUAACGGGAGUGGCUCGCCUCUUUACCUCGCUCCAGAGACCAUCCUAGAAGAGGGGCUCACCUAUGCGGUGGAUAUAUGGGCCUGUGGGGUCAUUCUAUAUUUAUUGUUGGUUGGUUAUCCACCGUUCUGGAACGAACAGACAGAGUUUCUCCUUCUCAGUAUUUUACAAAGUAAUUACACGUUUCCGUCUCCAUACUGGGACACUGUUAGUGAGCCUGCAAAGGACCUAAUACGAAAGAUGUUAGUUGUAGACCCGCGGGAUCGGAUUACAGCUGUCGAGGCCCUCAAGCACGAGUGGGUAUCGGGUUCUGACGACAUUCCGGGUCUGCGAUUAAAUCGCCAAAGUACCUUAGUCCGACUCACCGCUUUCAACGCACGAAGAAAGCUCAGGGGGGUGGUGCUGGGUCUGAUAGCUCGUAAAAGAAUGACGUUCAGACCGCCUGCAAAUCAGGUCCGUCUCACACGGAAGGACUCGUACGACCCCAAACAGGACCCAGGUCUUCAGCACACGUACGAGGAGCUACUGGCUCAAGGCGUGUGCAAGAUGUCCCUGAUUGAGGAGGAGAAACAGCAACAGCAAGAACCGCAACGAAAUGGAAACGACGCUGCGCCGAAUGGCUGCUACAGCGUUAGAGCGAUAAAACCACAGCGUAACCACACCUAUAGGAGUGCAGUCGAAAUCGAGGUCAACCCAUCAAAAACAGCGACGACUAAUAGGGGAGAGCGGAGAAGGCGGUCUCAGAAACGACGGCAGGUACCCGAAGACGCGGUACCGAAAUAGCGGCAGGACAAGAAUUGGGAUUUUAUUUUUUAGAACGUGAAUUACUGGUAGGAAAAUUGAAAUUGAGUAGAAGGGAAAGCAGGAGGCUACAAGAGACUCAUGUUCGCAUUAGCAACAUUUGUAAAAGCACUAGACUAAACGAAGACUUAAAGGCACGUUCGCAUUAGCGACAAUUGUAAAACCACACUAGAUAAAACGAAGACUUAAGAUCA